CGGUGGGGCCAGAGAAACACCGCGAUUUGGAAGACAGCCGUGGGGGAUACGACAGAGAAACAUGCGCGGCCACAGAAAUACAUCCAGCUCCGCGCAACCAGUGGUUCUGCGAUCCAGAAACCGCCAGAUGGGCUGGACUAGAAACUUCUAAAAAACUGUCGUCCCAUAGCAGCUUUGCUACCCACGACAGACAGUAGCCUUUAGAGAGCACCUAACGGUGCUGAGACCGGCCUGGGCCAGCAAAAGCGCAGAGCGGUGCCGGUGCCAAGAAACGCCGGACUUGGUGAAACCAACCUUGUGACCACCGAUUCCACUGGCUUCGCAGGACGCAACGGGCGAAGGCGCGGCGGAGAAACCGCAGGCUCCCUUCACCGAUGAUGCUGCGGGCUGGGGAUGGUGGGGGGCACCCGCGAAGUUGUGAAACCAGCGGCGCUGGGACCCAGCGAUCACCUGCCUGUAGCAAAUGCCUGUGCAGUUGCAAAAGACAACUUUUGGCGGAAAGAAGGUUGCCUCCAGAGAGCAUCGGAUAACGCUGACAAAGGCGUGGCGUUGCCAGUGAGAAACCGCCGGCGCUGGGAAAGGAACGGCUGGUGCAGUGGUGUCAUCUUGGCUCAGCGCAGCCUCGACUUCCUGGGAUCCAGCGAUCCUCCCGCCCCAGCCUCUAGAGUAGCUGAGACCACAGGCCACCCCUCGCUCCCAGGCUCUCCUCCCGGUCCAGAGCCCACAGGAUCCUACAGGAGGAGCCGACAAGGGCUUGCCCUUGAAACUUGAAAGUCUCGGGCUAAGGUUCCCUAGGAGCGUUUAAGGCACAGCGUUUUCUGACCGCAGCUUCAGGUCUCCCCGGCCUGUCCCGGUACCUCUCCUGCGGGACGGAACUCUGUGGGAACCGCUCGUUGAUUCUGAUGGUUAGCUCUGUCAUAUGUCCUUGAUAUUGGGCAUAGGAGUUGGAAGAGGGCAGGACAGAAAAAUGAACUGCAAGACUCCAGCACAAGAGGUGGGAUUGAUGGCAGACGUCUGCUCCCUCUCCAAACCUAAUGAACAUCUCAAAGUGCCAUCCACUUUCCUAUACCCUUGAUCUGUGAAAUGGAUCACUGACGCUUUCUCUGUCUUUCUAGAAAUGCAAAACAGGUGAAUUUUCAAGCGCUUGAAUUCUCUCUCACACUUUUCAGUCAAGAGUGGGGCUAUAAACUCCUUCCUCAUAGGAAAUAAGGAACUGCCACUGCUUGGAAGAAAAACAUAUUUUUCCCAUAAGUUUUCACAUUUCCCCCAAAAAAAUUAUACAUCCAGAUGUAAUCCCCCCAAGAGACUUAAAGACCCUACCAGGAGCGUUCCCACGCGAACGCAUCAUCUCCCAAUCGCAUCCUGAAAACACCAUGCAACCAAUUCCACCCUUUUCUGGAUGAACCUGGGCAGAGGACAGGUGCAGAGGAGCCCAGAGAUGGGCCUUGACAAGUCAGGAGACCCAAUUUGGGGUCGCAAUUCUCACUCCCCAGGCGUUUGCUUUGAGCUUCCCCUCCCACUAUACUACUACUUCUGCUACCUGGUUUCUCCCUGGUAUUUGAGUAUCCUCCAAUUGCCUUCUGGUCUUACAGACGGGAGAAUAAAGGAAAAAUGGCAUCGUUUCCACCUUAAAAGUUACAAGCACUUCACCAGAUGGAACAGCCUAGGUAGAGCCUUUUUAAACAAAUGCCCGCCCACUGCUUCACCCUCCUCAUUUCCACCUCAGCAAAGCAUUUUAGCAGAAAAGCUGACCCAGAGCAGUAGCUCCCUCCUGUAAUCCCAGUACUUUGGGAGGCUGAGUCAGGAGGAUCUCUUUAGCCCAGAAGUUCAAAACCACCCUAAGCACAAAGUGAGAUCCUGCCUCUACCAAAAAAAAAAAAAAUUGAAAAAUUAGUCGGAUUUGGUCUUGAGUGCCUGUAGUCCCAUCUACUCGGGAAGCUGAAGUGGGAGGAUCUCUGGAGCCCUAGAGAUCCAGGCUGCAGUGAAUGAUGAUCUGGGACUGCACCACUGCAGUUCAGUCUGGGUGACAGAGGGAGACGUUGUCUCAGAAAAUAAAAUAAAAAAUAAUAUAGCUGGGAUUACAACCUCUGUAAGAAGGGGUCACCUGAGACAUUAUUACAUAUACCAUUAACAGAGGAAAAUGCUGCAAAUUAUACCGUGUCCCAAUGGUAAGAGGCCACCCACUUAAAAAUAUGUACAUAUUUCAGAGAUACUAAAUGAGAAGGCCGGGCGCGGUGGCUCAUGCCUGUAAUCCCAGCACUUUGGGAGGCGGAGGCGGGUGGAUCAUGAGGUCAGGAAAUCAAGACCACGGUGAAACCCCGUCUCUACUAAAAAAAAUACAAAAAAUUAGCCGGGCGUGGUGGCGGGCGCCUGUAGUCCCAGCUACUCGGAGAGGCUGAGGCAGGAGAAUGGCGUGAACGCGGGAGGCGGAGCUUGCAGUGAGCCGAGAUCGCGCCACUGCACUCCAGCCUGGGCGACAGAGAGAGACUCCAUCUCAAAAAAAAAAAAAGAUAAAAAAAUAAAUGAGAAAAAAAUUUACCCUAGAAUUGAUUAAAUUCAGGUAUCCACUCCUUUAUUUUCAAUCUUUAGUGCCAUUUUUUAGUUUGUUUAUGUCUUGAAAAUAGCAGAGAGAUUAGAGUUGUGAUUUUUUAUUUUUUAAAUUAUUUUUAUUUUGUUCACUUGUUUGUUUAUUUUUGAGACAGAAUCUUGCUCUGUCGCCCAGGCUGGAAUGCAGUGGCACGAUCUAAGUUCACUGUAACCUCUGCUUCCCAGGUUCAAGCCAUUCUUGUGCCUCAGCCUCCAGAGUAGCUGGGACCACUGGCUCCUGCCACAACACCCGGGUAAUUUUUGUAUAUUUAGAAGAAACAGGGUUUCACCAUGUUGGCCAGGCUAGCCUCGAACUCCUGGUCUCAUGUGAUCCACCCACCUCGGCCUCCCAAAGUGCCAGGAUUACAGGCAUGAGCCACCAUGCCAAGCCGAGUUGUAAUUUUUUGAAACCUAUUUUUUUUUUAUUGCAUUUGUUUUUUUCACAGUGUAGCUCAAUACACUGAAAUGGUUGGGUAAGUGGGAAAAUCAUCUUCCCCACUCCUCCAGUAUCUGUAAGGUGCAAUUUCUCAUAAACACUUUCAGCUUCCUGCCUCUCCUUUUAGUUCUCCUCACAUAUUGUGUGGUUUGUGGCAUGAAAAUCAUUAUUUGUGACAGACACCAUGCAAACUAUAUUUUGUGCUUUAUCUUGUUUCAUUCUCAACCAAAAAAUGUGGUGAGCACAUGCUUUGUGCUGGGCUUGCUUCUCAGUUCUCUCCAUUUUGUAGAUGCACAGCCUCACUCAGGGAAGUUGGAGUGUAUAUAGCUCUGUCUGUGGCUGAAUAGAUAAAUGUAAUUUUAGCAUUUGGAGUUAAGAAAUCAAUUAUUGGUGCAAAUUUAAGGCUCAUCUUCUAAUGUAGUGUGUUUGUGUGUGUGUGAUUUUACUGUGUCCCUUCUCCCUAACACUCCAGUUCAAGAUAGUAACCUACGUUCUGAGUUGAUUAUUCUGGACACACUCUCUCAAAAUAUGACUGUUGGACACCAGAAUACACCACCUCAAUAUACCAAUAUACCAAUAUACCUCUGGCAUAUUGAUUAGUUCGGGCCUAGCAUGGUAGCUUACACCUGUAAUCCUAGUGCUUCGGGAGGCCAGGAGUUCAUAAGCAGGCUGGGCACAUAGGGAGUCCCAUCUCUACAAAAGUAUUUUUUAAAAAUUAGCUGGGUAUGGUGGCAUGAGCCUAUAGUCCUGGUUACUAGGGAGGCUAAGGCAGGAGGAUGGCUUGAGUCCAGAAGUUUGAAGUUACAGAGAACUAUAAUCAUGCCACUGCAUUUCAGCCUGGGUGAAAGAGUAAGACCCUGUCUCUAAAACAAAAACAAAAUAGGGCUGGGAACUGGUGGCUCACGCCUGUAAUCCCAGCACGUUGGGAGGCUGAAGUGGGCAGCUCACUUGAAGCCAGGAGUUUGAGGCCUGGCCAGCAUGGUGAAACCCAGUCUCUACUAAAAAUAUAAAAAUUAGCUGGGUGUAGUGGUGCAUGCCUAUAAUCCCAGCUACACAGAGGUUGAGGCACGAGAAUUGUUUCAACCCAGGAGGCAGAGGUUGCAGUGAGCCCAGAUCAUGCCACUGCACCCCACCCUGGGCGACAGUGCAAGACUCUGUCUAAAAAAAAAGAAAUUAAAUUUAAAAAAAACAAGAUGAGAGAAAACCUUCAUCUGUACUGUACUGCUGUACUCCUUACUCCUCUUUAUGACAGAACAACACAGAAAGAUAAAGACAAAGAAAAGACUAUUCUGGGAGGAAAGGGGAUGAAACAACAUGAUUCAUACUACAAAGUACCAAAAAGUACACCAGAGUUGAUACACCAGCAGUAGUCACACAAAUCCUUUUCUCCCAUCAGUCAAUAUUUUGGACAGGAAAAAUACAGAGUGAUAUUUACUGUCUACUUCACCACAUUCCACAGAGUGGGGCCUGGAACCUGGCUGGUAAAAAUUCUUUAUCCUUAUGCUGGCUGAUCAGCUCCUGGUUUCCCUCAACUGUGGGCUUCCAAAAGAGCCAAACUUUGGGUUCCUGCUCACAGCACCAAAUCUUCAGGGGCCAAGGGAAAUCUUUCUCUUAGCACUCUGAAAGUUUGCUCUAAAAUCAACUCACAGAGGUAGAUUAACAGAAGAAAACACAUAUAAAAUGUAUGAUUGCCCAGCCCCUCAGUGAGGUGCAGGAGGUUAUAUACCAUCUUGAGGUUACAGAAAAAAGUGCAUCAUGGCAAAACAGGUUAUAGGAGAGAGAAAAUUUUUAAGGUUUCAGGCUCUGUUAAUCCUUCCUAGAUCCAGACAAGAGAAGGCCUGUAUGAAUCAAUGCAGAUUUUCUACAGAUGCAGAUUUUUCCCGCAAACCACAGCAUUGCAGGGCUACUUAUUUUGCUGGUUCUCUGACAGCCAUCUGAAAAUACGUCAAAUAAAUAUAUUUUGGGGUUAAA